AUGUUAACAGUUCCUCGUACGAAAGAUAUAUCAAGUCCCGUUCGUGGAAAUGUUCAAACAGGUGCAACACAAAAGAUUCCUGCGUAUUACUCCUCCUUUUCCCCAACAAAAAUGGAAGAAACGGAUAAAAUCAUUGAAUCUCGCCUUAAAUAUAAUCAAGAAUUAGAAAGUUUUGAAGCAAAGCAAAGCGUCAAUGAGUUCGAAAAAAGGCAUUUUGGCAUCAAAAAUAGUCCAGAAAUUCAAAAACCAAAACUAGAUUCUUCAACAAGAGACAAAAUAUGCUUUAUUGAAAUAGAAAAUAUGGGAACACGCAAAAUCAGAGGACUCUCACAGAGUCAACCAGUUUCAGCAAAAGUUUCUCCUCGAGAUAUUGUUAUUGAAUUGGAAAAUACACCUUGGCAAGCUUUAGAUGAUCCUACAUUCAUAUCAACAGAUGAUUUAAAGCAAGUAACGAAGAUGAAUGUUAAUCAACAUCCAUUUUAUUCAAAUUUUGCUAGUGAUGCUAAAGGAAUUCCAGUUUUUUCAGCUGCUGAAAGGCGAAAUCACGUUGCAAAAGUAGAGAAAUAUAGACAGGAUAUGUUCACGCAAUUAACACUAGAUAGAACACGUAGAGAAAAUAUGCUCCGAAAGAAAGCUUUAACAGCUCUUGAAAGUACCAAAGCACAAAAGGAUGCCAACGAUAAGAAAUACAUUAUCGCUGGACAGCAAUGGUGCUUAGAAGAAUUAGAAAAAAGAAGAAAACUACGAAAUAUGAAACCUGUUAAAGAAGAAAAAAUCGAUCCACUGGCAAUUGAAGCUAUUCAAGAUGUUGAUAAGAAGGAAGAGUUAAUCAAAGAAAGAAUGAAAUCAGUAACAGUGAAGAAAAUGUGA